GGGGGGGAGGGAGGGUGAGGGCCACAGACAGUACCACAACACAACAGUGAGUGACGGUCUUGGCCAGUGACGGACAGUAACCACCAUCACUCCUCCCACACUGUCUACCACCUGUCUACCACUACUACCAUGACACGGUUAUGGAGUUGUGUGGUGGGCCCGAGGCUGUAUAAGAUAUAUGGACAGAUCCCCCACCAUGUUGAAAGUGAAGUGUAUGUUCCUAAUGCUCUGGAGAAGAUAGGAAACAAGAUCAAGCAAGGGCUGAACAUCUUGUACAACAUUGGAUUGUGUACCUCGCCAUUGCUUGCGCUGUCGUUUGAUCGAUGGGCGCAGCACUUCACCUAUGUGUCUGCAGCCAAGUGUGGAACAGGUCUGGGGUUGCUCCUGAUUGUGGCUCUUGUGUUCCGAGGUAUUGGUCGUCGCCUCAACCCCACUUACAUGACCUUCCUCAACAUCCUGACUAAUGCUCAACAAAACAAACCCAUAGAAAAACAGAUGGAACCUCUACGCAAGUAUGAAUUUGACUUCUCAGCGUGGCCCAUUAACUUCGACUGGACUGAGGCAGACCCGUAUGAACGCAAACCUCGCGUGUACGUAGACGGAGGACUGGCUAGUCGUAAGGGCGGCAUCAUAAACCAGGUGGUGACGAUGCCGCAUCAGUUAAUGGCUUGGAUUCUCACCAUCCUGAUCGGGAAAAAGAUGGUGUAUCCAGGAUCUAUACGCUUAAUGCAGGUGGUUGUCGACCACCAUCUUCAGCAAGGGAGAGAGAAAUUGAUACGGGAACAAGGUGGACUCCGCCACAAGGUCACCACCCGGGAUGGAAACAGCAUUGACACGAUGUUGGUGGACAGACAAAAAAAAAAACAGUAUCCAAAUGGGAAGACCCUGGUGGUGUGCUGUGAGGGGAAUGCUGGUUUCUACGAAGUUGGGCUAAUGUCUACACCCCUGGAGGCGGGCUUCUCAGUCCUAGGAUGGAACCACCCAGGCUUUGCUGCCAGUACAGGAUCCCCAUAUCCAAGUCAAGAACAGAAUGCUGUCGAUGCAGUAAUACAAUUUGCCAUCCACGGCUUGGGCUUUAGAGAAGAGGACAUCAUCAUUUAUGGCUGGAGCAUUGGUGGAUACAGCAGCACUUGGGCAGCCAUGAACUAUCCUCAGAUACGUGGACUGGUCCUUGAUGCUACAUUUGACGACAUCCUCCCAUUGGCUCUGCCUCGGAUGCCUGCAUGCAUGGGCAGCAUUGUGACCACAGCCAUACGCAACUACUUAAACCUCAACCCAGGGGACCAGCUCUGUCUCUACUCUGGUCCUGUUACCAUUAUCCGGCGCACCAGGGAUGAGAUAAUCACUACUGAUGAGACUCAGCUAAGUUGCAAUCGUAGCAAUGACUUGCUAAUGAAACUGGUGCGUACUAGAUACCCGGAGCUGCUGUGCAUUCAGUCCACUGAGGUUCUCUCCCAAUGGUUGUCUGAAGAAACCACACAUCAGGGGGCCAUCAUGGAUAAGUGGGGGGUGGACAAUGACCUGUGCUCAACACUGCUGGCUACCUACAUCACAGAACAUGGGGAGUCUUACCCAUUCACUAUUGGUGAAGAUAUGACCGAUGAUGACAAGACCAAAUUACUCCUGUAUCUUGCCAGCAAACACCUGAUGGACUUCAACAGUGGUCACAACAACACUCUGGACUCCAGUUAUUUCCGUAAACCGUGGAUGCCUCUCACCGAUUCCUCUUACGUGCAGGUUGACUGAAGGAGCUCUUGCAGUAGUAGCCACUGAUACAUCGUCCGAGGUAAUCAGUACUGCAUCCCCAUCACAUGACCUGAGUCCUGUAUGGCCACUUAUGACACUGGGACCUUCAUGAUGGUUUAGAAAUUUAUUACCAUUUCAAGGGAACUUCUCUUGGAAUUCUGUUAACAUCACAUUCUUUGGAGAUUUUAGGUAGGAACAGUAACAUUAAGACAGAAGCUCUAUAAAAUGCCCUCUUUUAUUUGACACUUCCUUGGGUGAAGACUAAGGUUUUUUCCUUUUCUUUACCUAAGCCAUUGUAGAAUGGAAAUGCCACAUUAGAAAGAGAAACAUUUUAUCAACUAUGCAGUACUAAUACUGUAGUUUAUAAACAGUAAAGCCUCGAAUAAUGACGAUAAUGUCCAAUAUUGCAUUAAAAUAGGGCAAUGAUAAUGAGAUGCAUUCCCUAGUCUGAUCUUUUCAUAUCUUUUGUGUGGCUUUCCCCCAAAACAAUAAAAUUAAUUAAAAAUGCAAA